UAUUUCUGCAGUUUGAUUUGAAGCAUUGUUAUUAAGAUGGAGGACAAAGUGGUGCUUUUGGAUUUUUGGCCAAGCUCUUAUGGGAUGAGAGUGAGGAUCGCUUUGGCUGAGAAAGGGAUCAAAUAUGAGGCCAGGGAGGAGAACUUGGCAGACAAAAGCCCUCUGCUUCUAGAGAUGAACCCCCUUCACAAGAUGAUCCCUGUUUUGAUUCACAAUGGAAAACCCAUUUCUGAAUCCCUCAUCCUUCUCCAGUACAUUGAUGAGGUUUGGCAUCACACGUCUCCCUUGCUCCCCUCUGACCCUUAUCAAAGAUCCCAAGCAAGGUUUUGGGCUGACUAUAUUGACAAAAAGAUAUACAGCCUGGGCAAGAGAGUGUGGAAGGAAAAAGGGGAAAAGCAAGAGGCAACAAAGAAGGAAUUCAUAGAAGGUUUGAGAACCAUAGAAGGUGAGCUUGGAGACAAGCCUUAUUUUGGCGGAGAAGACUUUGGGUUUGUGGAUGUGGUGCUUGUUCCCCUCACCAGCUGGUUUUAUUCCUUUGAGAUCUGUGGGAAUUUCAGCAUAGAGGCUGAAUGUCCCAAGCUUGUUGGUUGGGCCAGAAGGUGCAUGGAGAGGGACAGUGUGUCCAAGUCACUUCCUCACCCUCAGAAAAUCUAUGCUUUUGUCUUGGAACUCAAGCAGAAAUAUGGGUUGUGAAUUACAGAUACCAAUCAAUCAGAAUAAGAAUUUGUCACA